AACAGGGUUUAGUCAACUCGAUGCACAGCAAGGAUACGGUUCGCAGCCCGAGUAUGUACCGUGGUUCGCGUGCAUUUGUUAUACAAUGCUCGUUUAUAGUCUUUCGAAGAGUGAUGUUAUUCCGUUAGUAUGUCAGUGCCUGGUAAUUAUCCAACUUUUCUAAGGAACGGAAGCGGCAUCAAGAUUUUACAUCGUUAGACGGUCUUCCUUGUAAUCCACAUUUGCAUUUUAUGUCCAAAAAAAAUUUGUUUUUACCCCCAAAGAUCUCGAGGGACGGUCUCAAUGAAGAAUUCCAACUGUUCAUCAUUCCGUAUGUAAAUAAAUUCGAAAAAAAAUUGAUAAAAGAGACAAAUGCGUCAAUAGAGAAUGGAGUAGUCAUAUAUGAUGACAGAAACUUAUGUAACAACUGCACAAGGGGCUUGGAUUGCUUAAUCAGAUCAAAUACUUAUAUCUAAACGAGGAGACAUGUUGUAUCGUGUGCGAAGGGUAGGUCCGUCCUAGUGGCUCAAUUUUCUGUGUUACGCCGGAAAAUCAAAAUUCCGGAAAAAGCAAAAUUAGAUUUUUAAAUAUAUACGUUAAAACUAGCUCUUCCUGCUUUGCGGUUUGUGCAAGGAGAAAACGCGGCGCUCGUAAGGAUGCAUCGCACUGAUUUUGAUCAGUGACGACAGCGGUGACCACAACGUGGCUGGCACGCUCGUAAUUUAAAGUAUUUAAACGUACGGGAUAUAUUCUGCGUACCGCAUAUAUUUUUCCGACCAUUGAACUUGACACAGCAAUAAAUCAACAAUUAUCAGUAUGUUCGCGCGAGCAAGUGACCUUUACGUAAACUCUCGAUUGACAAUCCUGCACGGUGGAAAGAUGUUUUCCAUUUGACGAACACGUAUAGCCGACAGUCUCGAGGAGAAAACGUCCGAGUCUCUUCAUCGUCCGUAUAACUUUCUGAAAUCCUUUUCACGGGGAUAAUGGCGCAAGACGCGAUGAAGGACUGGAAAGUCGCCAGGACCGGCAUCUCCCUGCUGCUGAACAACAAAACCGAGGAAGCUGAAGCUCUCUUUACCGAGCAUCCUCAUAGCUUCCACGUCAAAGCUGGCCGUUGCUUUGUUCUCUUCAUGAAUGCCCUGAUGACUUUCGAAGAGGACAAGUUCCAGCAAGCAACAUUAUUGCUUAAAGACAUGGAACGGGAAUGUGCAGGUGACAUAGGGUGGCUGAAGUCCAUGAAAAGUAAAGUGUUUAGAGCAGAAGAGACCGAUAAGGACUAUGUGAAUAAGUUAGAACGCCAAAUCGUUCUAGCAGAUACGCAGGUAUUCUCAGCCGUGUCAUUGUUCCUCCAACAAGAGCUAACAGGAUACGUUCGCGGUUGUUGGAUGCUUCGUAAAGCUUGGCGUGUUUAUCAGCACGCGUACACUCAGAUUUCGCAACUGUAUCGUCGCACCUUCGGUACAAAUCCGACCGGAUUCAGUCCAUGUUGCAUCACACCGACGAGCAAUGGAUCUUCUCUGCAGAGCCCGCAGAGUCCGGAAUCUACGGAAUGGUCGAUACCGUCCUGCAACGGUUACACAAACAACGUGACACCCGUGUCGUCGCCAUCAGGUCUGCGAAGCUCACUAUCAAUGUUCUUCUCGCUCACUGGCAUCACGUCCGAACAACAGACACCCUUCGUGGAACCUACGGAGGUGACACGUUUAAUGUCGGCCGCAAGCUUCGGUUACGGUGUAUAUCAGCUGUGCGUGAGCCUCUUGCCACCGUCUGUGCUGAAAGUAAUCCACUUCUUCGGCUUUGAAGGCAAUAGGCAGUCUGGUCUUACUGCCCUUAUGUAUGCACGACUUGGCGAAGAUAUGCGCGCACCGCUCGCUACAUUAUCCCUCCUUUGGUAUCACACGAUCGUACGUCCGUUUUUCGCGCUUGACGGGUCUAAUGUAAAAGCGGGAGUCGCGGCAGCGAAGCAGCUGAUAGCUGAAUGUCAUGCCGAAUUCCAAAACUCUGCCCUUUUUCUCUUCUUUGCUGGUAGAAUGGAACGUUUGGAGACAAAUGUCGAUGCAGCGCUAGAAGCGUUCGGCAAAGCAGUGGACGUUGCGACUCAGAGGGAAGUCAAAUUGCUGUGCUUGCACGAGGUGGCUUGGUGCCACGUGAUACGCUUGAGCUACGACGAGGCAUAUCGAUCCUUAUUGCAGUUGCAGCAGCAGUCGAGAUGGUCCAAGGGCUUCUACGCCUACUUAGCUAUGGUUUGUUGCGGAGCGAACGGCAAGUUUGACAUUCUCCUGUCGCUGUACAGCAAGAUCCUCCCUUGGUUCCACGAGACGAAAAGCGAGUCGCAACUCGAUGUUUUUAUCAUGCGCAGGAUGCCGAAGAUCGUCGAUAAGGAGACCGGGCAUCCUUACACAGUUCUGUAUUAUAAGUUGCUCGUAUACGAAUCAAUGUACGUGUGGAACGCCCUUCCGUCCUGUACCAAAGAAUCGCUGCGAGAAAUAUCGAAUGAAUGCAAGGAAAAUCAUUCCGAGGAGCCGAUGGUGGGUUUAACUGAUCUUAUCGAAGGCGCAGCGUGUCUUUAUCUGGGGGAUACCGAAGCGGCUAUUAAAAGUUUCCGAAAUUGUUUGAAACAUAGGUAUCCGUCCAAGGACGAGUACGACCAGCACAUUAGCGCGUUUGCGCUCUACGAAUUAGGAAGUAGCCUUAGUAACAACAACAAUCCUAACGAAGGCAAAAAUUUCCUACUAAAGGCGCAAAAUCAGUACAAAGAUUAUGAUUUUGAAACUCGACUCAACUUACGUAUACAUGCCGCCCUGAAAAAUAUAUAGUAACGUUAACUUUUAAGCGUCCAAUAUUACGUCACAAUGUGAGAUAGCUUUAGGAUCGAAAAAACAUAUUUACAUUUGGAUACAACGGUAACAUUUUAUGUGUGUUACUAUCGUCCAAGAUGUUGUUACCUCGUUUAACAAUAAAGAUCAACGAAGAUCAGAUUAAGGCAAUCAGCACCAGAAAUAUUUUUAUGGAUCUUCUCUUUUUAUUUUAUUAGUAUUAUGCUUUAAACAUAAACAUCAAUGCAAAUUCCAUAUAUAUAAUUUCGAAGAUGAAAGAUGUUUUAAAGCAGGCAAACUUAUAUGUAUAUUAUAUCGUACAAUGUAUCACAUUUAUUUAGAGCAACAGAUUAUAUUUACAAAAAGUAUACUAAACUUAGUAAAAUAUAGCAAUUUAUACAAAGUGAAUUACGGGUGUUCUUUUACCCCGUCUAAAAAAAUGUGUAUGUUAUAGGCAAACGAAAUUAGAUCGCAUCUUUUUGGAUAAUUAUUUGGAAAAGUUUGCUUAAAAAAUAAUGUAUAUACAUUUUAGUAUUGUCUACAUUCACCCUGUACAUAUAUUUUCUGUACACCCUCAA